AUGUCCAAGGCCACUCUUCUCAUUAUAGCUGCCACCUCGGCAGCAACAGGCGCGUCCCUCACCGCGUUACUUUUCUCGAAAACUCCCAAGAAUGCCGCACAACCUACGGCUACUCCCAGCCUGAAGGAGUCUCCUCUUCCUGCUGCUCCAGUACUCCCACCAGCGUCAACGCCUGUGCCAAUCCCGGUUCCUGUCUCCGCUGCCACUCAUCCAGCAUCAUCAGUCAUUUCUCCUGUUGAUCCUGCAGGCAUCCUGAGAUAUGGCUUCCCCGGUCCAGUGAUUGACACUUUAUCCACUCCCUCUCAUCUCUCAUCCUUCAAUCGAGCCACCCGCAAUCCCCAUUGGGUUGCUGAGCAUUUCACACCACAAUCAUUACUCUUGAACAAUGCUUCCCGGAGACAUAGUGUCUUCUACGAAGAUCUGUCGGUUCCUGCCAUCUUCAGAGCAAAAUUGUCAGACUAUGCACGAAGCGGCUACGAUCGGGGCCAUCAAGUCCCCGCAGCUGACGCAAAAUGGUCACAAGAAGCCAUGGACUCAACCUUUGUCUUGAGCAAUAUGUGUCCGCAGGUUGGCGAGGGCUUCAAUCGGGAUUACUGGGCACAUUUCGAAGAUUUCUGUCGAAAUUUGGCCAAGAGAUAUCCAAGCGUUAGGGUAGUCACUGGCCCGUUGUACCUGCCGAAAAGAGAUGAAAGAGAUGGGAAGUGGCGGGUCUCAUAUGAAGUCAUCGGGAACCCUCCUAAUGUUGCUGUACCAACACAUUUCUACAAAAUCAUCUAUGCUGAGGAAGCACAUAACAGCCCAAUUGGAAAGGUUGCACUUGGAGCAUUUGUUCUUCCGAAUGCCGAGAUUCCAAACGCGAAAAGCUUGAGUGAUUUUGAGGUCCCCAUAGAAGCCGUCGAAAGAGCUAGUGGUCUAUUAUUCGCGGACAAACUCCCGAUCGAGAGAAGGAAACGACUGUGUGGUGAAGUGAGAUGCGAAAUAACGGUCCGCGAGUUUGACAAGGCCCGGCAGCAGUCAAACAGAACAAUCCAAGACCAAAGAUCACCGCCACAGAUCCCACCACCAACUUCAAGAUGGUAA